AUGGCAGAAAAAUGGAUUGAUUUUGUUUGUGUUCAGCUGCGUCGCGGAAUUUGCCAACAUUAUUUCAUCGAUAAAAUGAAUAUAUUGGAGGGUUAUUCAACUGUUUCGUUGUUGAAAGCUGCAGCAAUAUUGGAGAAUGUUAAAUUAGAUGAUACAAUUAACCUUAAUCUAUUUAUUGAACAAGAUAAAUUAGCAUUUGACUCAAACAAAAAUUUGGAGGAUUGGCUAAAAAGUCUGAAAAUUGAUGAUGUUUUACGUGUAAAUGACGAUUACAAACAGCUCAAACAAAACUGGUUAUUAUUUGAUUCAUCCUAUGCUGAAGGUCAUAAUAUUGCGUGCUUUUACAUCCUAAAUCAACUUCGUAUAAUUGAUGGCGAAAAAGAAAAUAAUCUUAGUCGAUUUAAAUAUAUAUUCCUCGAUUCAAGUGAAACAAGUCGUUGGCAGUCGCCUUUGAAUGGUGAAACUGUGGCAACAAUAAGUAUAAGUGAUUUUGUUGAUUCUCUAAUAGGAUUUGUUUUUGUCUUAAAAAACAUACAAGAUGCUAUUUGUAACGGAAUAGUUCCUGCGGAAAAUAUCGCAGGACCGGAUUCAUCUCUUGUUCAACAGGGACAAAACGUAUUUAGUGAUUUGAUGAGUCAACAGGGUUUGGUGUCACUAUGGAUUCCGUUGUUUACCGGACAACAUUUUGGAUAUCGUCAUCCUGUACAGUCGGAUUUUCGACAACUGUUUGAACGUCGUUCUGUUCUUGAUUUUCAUCCAGACGGACCGUUGCCAUCUUUUAUUUCGCCCGAUCACCCAGUAUUCACAGACAUUGUAACAGCAGCAAGCAUUUACAAUGAUUGUUCUGUAAUUGUAUCAGAUCGUCUGGCAAAUUUGUUAACUUCUAGCACUGAUCAACAAACGACAAUCAGCAGCCUUAUUAAUCAAGCGCAGACAACUUCAACACAAGCAUCGAAGAAAACCAUCGAACUAGUUCCGUCAACGACUUCAAAUGAAAUGAUGUGUUUUGCCACGAAUAAAUCACCCGGCAAUAAUGAAAAUGUUUGCGUUGUUAUAUAUGAUCCAAAUUUUGAUGUGAAAGAUUUAACAGAUGAAAUAGCCAACAGUUAUCGUUCGAUCAAUGAUUAUUGUCUUUUUUAUACAGAUUCAUCGCAAUUGAAAACACAUGUCAGAUCAAUCGAUGAAGAAACGAUAUAUUUGGUUUUGGUCGAGACCGCUGAACAAUACGUCGACGAAACAAAUGAUCUUUUAUUAGAAUUGAAAAAUCUAAUACAAGUUGGGGGGAUAUUUCUCCACUGUUCGAAUUCCAAAAGAAAAACUCAUUAUCGUUCGUUACUUUCGAAUGCUGAUUCAAAAUUAACUGGUAUAUUUUCAACAAUGACAGAGCUGUUGAAGACCAUGAAAAUUUCAAUUGAGCAACAGCAAAAUGAACUGAUAAUAUAUCCCUCUUACAAUCCGUCCCAUACCCACAUGCUCACAUUAAUCGUCGGAUACAAUUCCCAUUUCUUUUGGAAUUUGUUAAUCAAACAACUUUAUUUUACUUCCACUAUUCUCGGCCCUAACUUAACAACAACAGCAAACAGCGGUAAUGAAUAUUUUCAACAGCGUCAUCUAUUUAUUGAAAACGUAAAAGAAUACUAUGCUGAUAACAUCUUCGAAAUGAAUAAUAUAAAAGAAUUUGAGAAGGAUUACCAAUCAGACAGUGAUGCAAUCAAAUGGUUUUUAAAAACAAAUUGCUUUUUAUACAAAUGGCUUUCGAAAGCAUUUUGUGCGAGAAAUGUUGACCAGUUGAAAUUAAUGAAAUUUUUUAUCAUGGAUCUAAUAUCAAAUCUUGAACAUAUUUCGCCGCAACAAUCAACAAUGACAAUUGACAAUAAGGAAAAAAUCUAUUUUAAACGUUUAGUAUCAACAAAAGGAUAUGAAACUCUGUUAAAAUCAAUUGAUAAGUUAAUUAUAUUCGAUGGUUUCCUAGUUAUGAAUCCAUCUGCUGAUGAGUGCUGUUGCACAGGUAUGUAG